AUAAGGCCGACGCUCCAGCCUUUGAGAAUCUCGCUCCGAGCUCCUGCCAAACUGGGAUCGCUCUGCUCCAGCUCUACCCCCCAACAUCUGGUGUGAACAGAAGUAGGAUGUAAUGCUGCUAUUUUUCCGGUAGAUGACAGCAGCGCAUGCACCAUUGGACAAAGUACGUCCGCGUUGUGGAAAUUCUCCGUAUUGUAUGCCUUUUACAGGCCUCCGUAGUUUACGAAACUUUCCUGACGGACGCUCACCUGCGUUUUGAAGCAAACCUAGCUACAUUUUACAGGAUAAGGAAGGAGGAAUGUGGUUAUGAUGUGUUCUUUGGCUCUGUUCCCCCCACCGCUGUCCGGCGAUGGAGAGACUUCUCAAUACAACGAGUCUAACACAGAUCCAUCCGUCUGGUUUGAGGAUUCACCUGCUCUGAAUCUGUACUUCCCGCGAGAGUCACUGAAGCCUCACAGCCGCCAAGAGAGCAGCAGCAAGUCGGCCUUUAGGGACCACUGUGAGACGCUGUACACGAGGAGUGCAGGGGCUUGGCGUGAUGCCGGCCUGUCUGGACUCCUAAAUGAGAUCGCCAACUCCAGUGCAGAGGUGCCCAAGUGGCUAGGGGUGAGCUCGAGCUGUGUCCUGGCCUUGCUACGCUGGGUUUCCUCCUUCCACAGCUCUCUGUUUCCUCACCUAACAGCUUCUCUAAGUGACUGUCAUUAUUUGGCCCUUUGUCUUCAGUUGAGCAGCGAGGAAAUGACCGCCGAGUUUUCCCAAGUGCUGGACUGGUCGGACUGUGCAGUGCGGGGCUUUGCCUGGCACCCACACACUCAGAAGUGUGCCGUGGCCCUUUCAGACGAUUCCAUCAAGAUCUACAACCCCAAGAGGUUAAGUCUGUCGCAAUGUGCUACUACUCCCACCCUGAAGCACCGUCUGCAGCGCAGUGUGGCGGCUCUGCAGUGGAAGCCUUUGUGUGCGUCUGCCCUGGCCGUCGCCUGUCACAACUGCCUGCUUGUCUGGCACGUGGAUCCCACCUCACUUUCUACCAGGCCUUCCUCUGGCUGUGCCCAGGUCCUGUCUCACCCAGGCCAUUCCCCCGUCACGUCCGUCGCAUGGUCACCUAACGGACCUCUCCUGGUGUCGGCCUCUCCCAGGGACACUGCCUUGCUGGUGUGGGACGUCGCUGUUGAGAGCUGUGUGCCUCUCCACCGCGUGGGAGGGGGAGGAGUCACGUACCUGUCCUGGUCUCCCGAUGGCAGUCGUGUGCUGGCAGCUACACCCUCCUCCCUCUUCAGGGUUUGGGAAACCAGGAUGUGGACUUGUGAGCGGUGGCCUAGUCUGAAGGGACGCUGUCAGUCUGGCUGUUGGAGUCCUGAUGGGAGUCGGCUGCUCUUCACUGUGCAAGGAGAGACCGUCAUCUAUGCCCUGACCUUCACUGACAACCCAGGAGUGCCCUUAAUGAUGUCAGGUGGGCCAAAGGCAGCAACAGUGGUGGCCGACCUGUCCGAGACCACCUUAAAUACACCUGACGGAGAUAUCAUGGUCGGAGGAGAGAUCCAGUCAUUGGCGUGGGAUCCGAGAGGAGAGCGUCUAGCCGUGCAUGUCAAAGGAGACGCCGGAGCAGGCCGCCCUGCCAUGAUCGCAGUGUUCAAGACUCAAAUCAGCCCCGCUUUUAAGCUUCUGCCAUGUGGUUUUGUCCAGGGGGAGGCCGGGACAGAGCCCAGACUGAUGCAGUUUAACCCCAACUACCAGCAUGGAGCCCAGCUCACUGUGUGUUGGUCCAAUGGGAAGAUUACCCACGUGCCUUUCUGCUUUAUGAGUGCUGGUAAUCCCCAGCCUGGCCUGGGAGGCAGCCCGUCUUUCCCCCUGACCCAGGGCAGACCAGCCGACUACAACAACCAGACUCUCUACACAGAACUCAUCUCCUGACCACACACCCACACAUACACACACUCAAACUAACACAGAAACCAUAUUUCAGUACAAUUUAUACUUUUUUUUUUUUUAACACUUUCUAAAUAAACGUGCACAAAGUGUA